UCCUUUCUCCCUCUCUCAGCCUCUCCUCUCUCUCUCUCUCUCUCACGGCCUCUGUCUUUCUGCCUGUCUCCCCCACUGCCAACACCUCUUCUGUCCCGUCCCUCCCACUGGUGGCUCACCCCUCUACGUGAAGAUGUCAGCCCAGGACAGAUGCCUCAGCCUCAUCAAGUACCUCCUCUUCGUCUUCAACCUCUUCUUCUUCGUCCUAGGCAGCCUUAUUUUCUGCUUCGGCAUCUGGAUACUCAUCGACAAGACCAGUUUCGUGUCUUUUGUGGGCUUGUCCUUCAUGCCCCUGCAGAUCUGGUCCAAGGCUCUGGCCAUCUCAGGAAUCCUCACCAUGGGCCUGGCCCUCCUGGGCUGUGUGGGGGCCCUGAAGGAGCUUCGCUGCCUCCUGGGUCUGUAUUUUGGGAUACUGCUGCUCCUGUUUGCCACGCAGAUCACCCUGGGGAUCCUCAUCUCCACUCAGCGGAGCCGGCUGGCGCGGAGGGUGAAGGAGAUCGUGCUGGAGACUAUCCAGAAGUACCGCGCCAAACCGGAGCGGGCCGCGGCCGAGGAGAGCUGGGACUACGUGCAGUUCCAGCUGCGCUGCUGCGGCUGGAAGUCUCCUCAGGACUGGUUCCGUGUCCCCAGCCUGAGCAGCAACGAGUCGGAGGUGCCCCACGUGCCCUGCUCCUGCUAUAACUCAUCGGCCACCAACGACUCCACAAUCUUCGAAAAGAUCUCCCUCCCCCAGUUCAGCCGGCUCGGACCACUGGCGCGGCCGCGACACAGUACAGACCUUUGCGUGGUCCCUGAAAACAGCUACAUCUACCGCGAGGGAUGCGAGCAGAGCCUCCAGAAGUGGUUGCAGAACAACCUCAUCUCCAUAGUGGGCAUUUGUCUGGGCGUCGGUCUCCUCGAGGUGAGUGUGGCGGGGCUGAGCCUGCUACUACUGCGCAGGGCGCUCUACCGGGAAGCCCGGCCGCAGGUCCUGGGUGCCCACGGUUCGAGCCCUGGGCCCGGCCUGAGCGCUGACGGCGACGGAGGGCGCUGUGGUGUGCUGAGCAGCAGCGGGCGUAGCGGCAAUCUGUGGGGUGGCUGGGGCAUGGCGGAUGCCUGCCCCAACUGGGGGGACAAGGCCCCGCAGGGCAAGCUGCCCAUGGCCCUGGGGCCCUGGCCUCUUUGGGAUCAAGACGAGGAACAGCCUGAGACCAGGAGCGCAGGCACGGAGGUGGAGGCCAAGGUGGAAUUACAGGCUGAGGCGGAAGGGGAGACAGAUGAGCCUCCAGAAUAAAGGACCCUGGGCUUGCUCCAGAUCUCACUCCUUCCCAGACUCUAGACCUACGCUAGACGCAACUGG